CUUUCCUGAGGUAACUCAUUUACAGUAUCCUGUGGCUGCUUCAGUGAACCCUGGAACAAAGUCCGAUUUGGUAUCGCAGCCCAUUUCAAUGCUCGCUCGCGCCCAUCCGCCUUAAAAGCCUCGCUUUUUUUCCAGUCGAUCAACAUAGGCUUGGUGAAGUCACGAUCAACAUUGGGUUGAGUCGUGCCAUUGACAUUCUGCCGCUCAUGACAUCGUCAGUGGUUGACUUUCGCUCGAGAUAUAUUUAUUCAGGUCCCUCGACACGUCCCCAGUGGCGUCGCCUCCACGCCGUCGAGGCAAUUCCUGCGGCUCGUGCUGGUAGACUCUUUGCAGCGGACAGUGCUACUCGUUGCAGCAACGCAGCGCACCAGCUCAACUGACAGCGUACCUCGAAAAUACAGUUCCAACAAUUGCUAAGCCUAGACCACGCGCUUUAAGUUCCAUUGAACUAGCGUUUUUCGGUGUUACAGUGUUGCUCACUCGCGAAGAGAAUGUCCGGCGGCCCAUCCGGCGGCACGGGUGCGGGAGGGACCAGCAGGGACGGCAUGCAGAUGCACCCCGACAUGGCGUUCGAGUGGGGCUACUCGCCGCGAGCCGUGCACUCGCCGUCGCGCUUCAGUCGCGACGAGGAGGCGAACCCUAACCGGCUGAAGAGCAACUUGAGCCAGCAGCGCACGCUCAGCCUCAGCGCCGCGCGCCUCAGCCAAGCCGCCGCGGAGCUCGGCUUCCACGCCACCCCUCCCCCUCCCACCUCCGCUUCCGCCUCCGCCCAUGCGCCACACAUGGCGCAAGCAGGAGCGUUCCCCGGCUUUUCUCCCGCGGCUGCUGCGGCGGCCGCGGCUGCGCUCGCAGCGGGCGGGGAUGCUGGCGCAGGGUCGGGUCUAGGGGGAGGUAUACCCGGGGGAGGUCUGGUGCGAGGCGGGUCGGGACUAGCGGGGUGGUCAGGGGGAGUAGCUGGUGCUGGCGGCGUCGGUAGUCUACAAUCGCUUACAGUGGAUCCGUUUAAAGCGGGGAUAACCGCUCGCGGUACAGGGGGGCUAGGCGUGCCUCCCCUGCCCUUGCCGUUGCCGUCUCCUAAAGGCAACGCCGCCGCCGCUGCUGUCGUCAAUGCUGCGGCGGGCAAGCUGGGCAGCCCGAGAGGAAACUUUUCCGGGUCGCGGGCAGCCGCGCUGGGGCACUGGCCGAGACCCGGCCUGCCCGCGAGCAUUCAGCAGCAGCUGAUGAUGGGGGCGAUGGGCGGGGGGAUGGGGGGCGGAGCAGCAGGGGGGCCCGCGGGGGGACUUGCUGGCGGUGGGGGCGGCAGUGGCAGCAUGGGGGCGCUGGGGAAUGUAGGCGGAGCUGGAAUGGGGGGGAUGGCGGGAGUGGCGGCGCUAGCUGCGUUGAAUGGUGGCAGUGAUGGUAGUGGCAGCGGCAGCGGCAGUGGGGGCGGAUUGGCAGGGAUGAACCUACAGACGCAGUUGAGCCUGCUCGCAGCCCAGUUAGACGGCCGAUUGGACGACAACCCCCUCUCGCGGACCAACAGCGCGCCGCCACUUGGCGCGCUGCUAGCCAGCAUCGGUGACGUGGCAGAGCUCGAGAGGCUGUACCGGAUGCUCCCGGAUGCCAUGUCACCAGACGUCUCCACGCACGUGGGCCUCGGUCUGCCGUACCAUGGCCUAGCAGCGGCGACAGGCUCGGCAACAAGCUCGGCGGUAGGCUCGGUGGCAACCAGCCCGGAACGAGAGUUAAACAUCCAUCGGCGUAUGAGCAGCAUGGGGAGUGGCAGCAUGGGUAGCGGCAGCAUGGCGGGGUAUUUAUCCUCGACCUUACCGUCCAUGGCCGCUGUUCUCAGGGAGCGCACUAAGCUCUCCCGCACUAGCAGCUGCCCCCCCCCUGUGGCGGAAGACAUGAGCGGGGGCGCAGGGGGAAGCGGAAUGGAGGAGCGGGGGGAGGAGGGGGAGUCGUCGGAGUCGGAGGGGGAGAGCGGGCAGCAUGGGGCGGGCGCGGGGCACAAGCGGAAGAAGCGCAGGGCGCCUGGUGGUGUAGAGGCUGGGGCGGCGCAGGGGGGAGGCGGGUUUGCGCCUGGCAGGGGCGGUGGGGCCACCAAGAGGGAGCAGGAGGACGAGGCAAUGGAGGGAGGCGGGUACAGCAUGCAGGGCGGGGGCGUGAGCAUGCAGGUGGGGGUGAUGGAGGCGUCGACCCAGGACUACAUACAUGUUCGAGCCAGGCGCGGCCAGGCCACUGACAGCCACAGCCUCGCUGAGCGGGUGCGGCGGGAGAAGAUCAGCGACCGGAUGAAGGUGCUGCAGAGCCUCGUACCCACGUGCACCAAGGCGACGGGCAAGGCGGUGAUGUUGGACGAGAUCAUCAACUACGUGCGCUCGCUGCAGCUGCAGGUCGAGCUGCUUUCCGCCAAGCUAGCAGCCAUCGAGCAGGACACAGCAGAGAUGGACGGCUUGGAUUCGCCCACUGAGUUUUACGCGGCUCAGAUGGCAGCGCUGGGGGGACUGCCAGUCCCCUUCCCCCCUGCUGGUGCUGCUGCUGCUGGGGGAGAAGCAGGAGUGACAGGUGGCGGUGGAAAUGGUGCUGGUGCUGGUGCUGCUCGUGCUGCCGGUGCUGGCGCUGCUGGUGCUGCUGGUGCUUUUCGGCAGGCGUCCCCCUCGUGCUCCCAGUCUCACGACUUCUCCUCUGCAGAUUCGGCCCAUCACAGCCGCGCGCCAUCAGCGUCAGCAUCAGCGUCAGCAUCAGCGUCAGCAUCAGCAUCAGCAUCAGCGUCAGCAUCAGCAUCAGCGGGCGCAGGUCCCUCCCUCCACCCCGACAUGGUGUCUCUCCCCACCGACCUCGCCCGCCUCCUCCUCUCCCGCCAAAUGCCCCCAGGCCAGCCCGGGGCAGGUGUUGGGGGAGGGCAGGGUGGUGGACAGGCAGCAGGGGGAGGGAUGGGCGGGGGGGAGAUGGGGGGGGAGGGGCUGGGGGAGCUGACGAUAGAGCAGCUGCAGGCACAGCUGGACGCGAUGACUGGGGGAGGGGGAGGGGGAGGGGGAGGAGGAGGGGUGCAGCAGAUGGGCAUGCAGUGCGAGUGGGAUGGUGGUCUUGAGAGCAUAGUAGCAACAGCAGCGGCAGCCAUGCCCCCGUCAUCUCAGCUUGCCAAUUCAACCCCGGCAAACAGCCAGUCUGGCAAUAGCCACCCUGCUUCAGCGUCGCCCUCCUGAUCGCAGCAGCCAGGUGCGAGGCACUGAAGGGUGUAUUUGAGAAUUCUCAAGUUCACAACCAUCACGCCCCGGCCCACGCCCCUCCUGCGCCGGCGCCACAUCUGCUGCUAAUGGCCCUGACUAUUGGCGUCCACAUGAUUCGCAGUUGACUCUCCGGCCAGUUCGGGCAGGGUGUGGCAGUUUAGGUCACAUGCCAUGUGGGUUGCGGUUGUUAGCAGAGCAGCACUCCGUGUUUGCUGCGUGAGGGGAGUGUGCCUGUCAAUGCAUGGUGCAUCAUAGGAGCCCUUUAGUGGUUGUAGGGUAAUGCUACCGUGGAGUCGCCGGUGUGGUUCUCGUUGGGAGACUCAUCUUGGAGGCUUACAGGUAGACGGCACGCUGCUUUAGGCUUAUUUAUUGGGAUGUGUAGCUAAAAGUGAUAAUCAUUUUGACACUGAUCUGU